UGGUUUCAAUAUUCUCAUUUUUUCUGUUAUUUAUAUAGAGCAAACUUAAUGGCUAUAGAUUAUGAGCCAGAAAUAAGUUCAAUGGAACAGUUUCUAACGCAAUCAAAACGAAAGAUACACAUUUCCUACCAUAACAAAAACAAAGAAACCUAUUUCCUCAAUGUUUUCAAUGGACUAAAGAAACAAGGGCGCUAUGCUGUUCGUGAUGAAUUAGAAAAGGCAGAUUCCAUCACAAAUAGAGGACAUUGCGUUGUAGUUGAUAUAAACACAAUGAAACAUAUGAUUACAGAACAGCAGCUUAAAGAUGGCAAGGUAACUGUUUCACUAUCCACAAACAAUGAGGGUGGAGGUAUCUUUCUCCAUCAAACAAUAGAUGGCUGGCUCUACAAGAGGGAAGGAGAAUAUUUAGAAACUAUUCAAAGAUUUAUCACACAGCUGACUGAUUCAGGACUGAUGAAACAUUUCCAAAAAAUUCACUACGGAAGAGCUCUGAAAGUGACAGAGACUAAAACUGAACCCGAACCCUUGUACAUGGAGAGCUUUUAUCUUUGCUUCAUCAUAUACUUUAUAGGCUUACUUACAGGUGCAGUGGUCUUUGCCCAUGAGCAUUAUACCUUUAAAAACAAUCUAAUCUGAAGCUAAACAAAGAAUUAAACCAAGACAUUAAAGUGCUAAAAGUUCAAAGUGAAAAUAAUGCUGUAAUCUAAUAGUGUGCUUUAAAAAUUGAACAAGAACAGCAAA